AUGGAGCAUAUAUAUUUACCAGAACCAACAGAGAAUAUAUGGAAAAAAUGUGCUGAAGAAUUUGAAAAUAGAUGGGGAUUUCCCAAUUGCAUUGGCAGCGUGGACGGUAAACAUGUAACAAUCAAGAGACCUAACAACAGUGGCUCCAAUUACUGGUGCUAUUUACAUAAAUAUUCAAUAGUACUUAUGGCCAUUGUUGGCCCGGACUAUAAAUUUAUAUGUGUUGAUAUUGGUGGUUUCGGAAAAAAUAGUGAUGGGGGUAUUUUCGAAACCUCAAACAUGGGAAAACGAUUUGAACAAAAUUUAAUGAGUGUCCCUGCACCUAGAUUUCUCCUGGACAAAAUGAAAUCUGCUCGUACGUCUUAAUUGGUG